AUGGCAAUGGGAACGCGCUAUGCUGGAAAGGUUGUCAUCGUGACCGACGGCGGCCGCGGCAUAGGAGCGGGGAUCGUUCGAGCUUUCGUGGAGAGCGGUGCCCAGGUGGUUAUCUGUGACAAAGAUGAGACCAGGGGCAGGGCUGUGGAGCGAGAGCUUCCUGGCACUGUCUUUCUGCUCUGUGACGUGACUCGGGAGGAAGAUGUGAGGACCCUCGUUUCUGAGACCAUCCGCCGUUUCGGUCGCCUGGAUUGCAUAGUCAACAAUGCUGGCUACCACCCACCUCCACAGUGGCUCGAGGAGACCUCCGCUCAGGGCUUUCGCCAGCUGCUGGAGCUGAACCUGCUGGGGACGUACACCCUGACCAAGCUCGCCCUCCCUCACCUGCGCAAGAGCCAGGGAAAUGUCAUCAACAUCUCCAGCCUGGUCGGGGCGAUAGGCCAAUCCCAGGCGGUUCCCUACGUGGCCACCAAGGGGGCAGUGACAGCCUUGACCAAAGCCUUGGCCCUGGAUGAGAGUCAAUAUGGCGUCCGUGUCAACUGCAUCUCCCCUGGAAACAUCUGGACCCCUCUGUGGGAAGAGCUAGCGGCCUCAACACCUGACCCCACUGCUACAAUCCGAGAGGGCACACUGGCCCAGCCCCUGGGCCGCAUGGGCCAGCCAGCUGAGGUGGCGGCUGCUGCUGUCUUCUUGGCCUCCGAAGCCAGCUUCUGCACGGGGACUGAGCUGCUCGUGACUGGGGGUGCGGAGCUGGGGUAUGGGCGCAAGGCAGGCCAGGCCGCCCCGACAGAGGCCCCCACCACCCCUUCCUGA